GUUCUGGCAGUGAGGUUGUGGCGGCGGCGCCAGACACAGGUGGAGACAGACGCUCUGUAUCGACACGACAUCGGAUCGACGAGCACUGUGGAGAGAGAGAUGGCGCUGCGCCGCGCGUGCCUGCCGAUGCUGCUGCUGCUGGCCGCCACCCCGCGCUCGGUUGUUGCCGAACUAAGCCAGACGGUGGGGUGCGGGAGCUACCAGCUGGCGCCGGGGCACAUCCUUACCAUCAAAGGCUCCUCCCUGCCCUGCGCGUGGACUUUCACGGGCCCAAAAGACAGCAAAGUCGAGGCCGCGUGUUCGGACGUGUCCAUCCCGAAGACACGAAGAUGCAAUUUCGCUGCCCUGCUGGUCUCCACGCCGAGGUCGAACACGGCCAGGAUGUGCGGUCGGAGGUCCUUCCUGACGAUCAAGAGGAACAGCGACAGCAUGACCAUCUCGAGCGCCCCGAGGAGGAGGUCCAAGAACGUCUUCUCCUGCGACGUCUUCUUGAGGAUGCCGAGCAACGCGCGAUACGACUGCCAAUGUGGAAUCGAAUACCCCGCCCGCAUCAUCGGGGGCUCCACACCGGCCGUGAACCAGUACCCGUGGAUGGCUAAUCUCAGAUACAGUAACAUGAAGAAGGUAAUCUGCGGGGCUGUCAUCGUCUCCGAUUCGCACGUACUGACGGCGGCGCAUUGCAUGAGUGGCUUAGUUCUGAAGAGACUGAGGGUGACUGUCGCGGACCACAACCUCCAGACGAGCUGGGAGACGGAGGAGACGACGAGGAGAAUUGCUAGAGUUACUCCUCAUCCCAAGUACAGGCCCACCCGCGUCAACGUUGCAGAUCUUGUGGUCAUCACCCUGGACCAUCCGCUGCCUCUCAAUCACUUCCCGGUGCAGCCGGUGUGCCUCCCCGCCAGCGACGCCCCGAGCUUCGAGGGCGAGGUGGGCACCGUGGUAGGCUGGGGCACGACCAAUGCGGACAGGAACAAUCACAUUUACCCCGAUGCGCUCCAGGCGGCGAAGGUGCCCAUCCUAGGCAACGCGGAGUGCCAGCAGACGGGCUAUGGAGGAAUCAUCAAGAACCACCUCCUGUGCGCCGGCAACCUAACGCACGGCGGUCGGGACGCGUGUGUUGGCGACAGCGGAGGGCCCCUGACCGUGGUCCAGAACGGGCGGCACGUGCUGGCGGGCCUCGUCUCCUUCGGCCACUCCUGCGCCCUCCCCGACUGGCCCGGCAUUUACACUCGGAUAUCAGAAUACCGCGACUGGAUAGACGACCAGAUUGUAACAGGGAUCCAGUGUGAACAAUAGGACACGCCCACAGACACUCCCAUCUCCUCCUCGACACGCCCGCGCUAUGUCUGUAUAUUCUUAGGACACACCCACCUUCUCCUCGAUGCGUUCCUGCCUAUGACACGAUACAGAGACUCCUGGUUAUGGCUUGAUAUAAAGAACUCUAUUUUCCUCGUUCGGGAGCCACUCUCCCUUGUCUUUCAACUCUCAUUUAUUUAUUUAUUUUUUUCUACGUGACUAGUGAGGCCGAUUAUAUAACCAGGAAUAGUGAUAUUAUUAUCUGUAUCUAUUGUCUGUAUUCCGAGAAGAAAAAAUAAAUUUAGAUAAAUUCAUUCACAAUAGGGCUGCGACGUGUGUGCUAAUUACGCAUGUUCGCAUUGGUAUGGUUAUGAACUAAAAAUAUAAGAGUCAUCCCUCCAAAGAUGAUUUUAAAAAAUGGAGAAUUUUUAGGGGAUACUACGUUACUCAUUUAAGAAUUAGGAACCUCAGAGAGACAAAAAAAAUGGGAUAAAAGAUUUAAUAUUCACGACUAACAUUUAUACAUACAGACAAAUUGCCACAACGCAUAGCUCAGACGAUUACAUUGCUACAUUGUUAAAGGUAUAAUUAAUGGGAAAUACAAGAAAAUGAAAAGAAAUUCUA